GCCUUUUCAAACUUCAAACUUCAAACUUCAACCACAACCAUCAUCUCUUGAGUGCAAUUACAUCUCUUCAAAUUGAAUGCACAAAUUCUCGCCUUUUCUUCUUUCAGUUCCAAUCAUCAAUUUCACGCUCUUUAUCAAGAUCUUGGGUUCCAUCUACCAAUCUUGGCGCUCAUUUCAAUCUCUCCAUGUGCUUCUGUGCGCUUUAACUAAUUUGCGCCCUCAAUCUUAUCACCAAAUUACGUCCUCCAAUUCCUGGUUCGAAGCUUUCAUUCAGGACCGGAUAACUUCAUAUUUCCUGAAGAUGAUUGAAGAAUCUGAUUCAAUCCAACAAGAUUAUGUCACUCAACCUUGCUUCCCCUUCGAUUUAACUUAUCGUCCUACUCUUCCCCAUACUCACCAUGGAUUUAAAGCUCAAAAUCGCAUUUUCCCAUCAGGUCAUCAACUUCAAUCUUCUCGAAUUCAUCUUUCUUCUCCUUUAGACGUUUCCCUAAUUUCACACCUUCCUCAAAAGUUGGGCUUGCGUCGAAUGAAAAAGAGCGAUAAUCUUGCCGGUCUUGCACGAGCAGAAAUCAAGUCCUACCGCGAGAUUGUCAUGAGAAAUGAUACCGACUUUUCUUUUCCGAAAUUCGCGAACUUUCCAAAAGAAAUUCGUCUUAAAAUUUGGGAAGAAUAUGCCAAUAACUUACCACCAAGAGAUAUCCCAGUUUGGCGUCUUAGAAAUCCGUAUGUUCAUUCAUCCGGUAGUUGCUACAUCAAUAUCUAUGAUCAUAACAGCAAGCGUCUUCAAUUAAUUCCUCUCAGUAGUGGAUCAGAACGUCAUUAUGACUUCAAGUGGGUUUGUCCACAACCGGAUAUUCUUUACAUCAACUCUGAAGCACGAAAAGUUGGUUUGAGAAUAUACACACAAGAGAGUUUGAAUGGCACCAAUUGCUCCAAGAUGAAUUGGGAACUUGGUUCGGAAACUGGUCCAGCAACUAUCUAUCGUCAUAUCAAUGGAAUGGAUCGUGUCAUGCCAAUGUUUGAUUUCUCCAAUGGACACGAAACUUUUUGGAUCGAACAUGAACAUCAACUCGAAGGACGUAUUGCACUCAAUGCUUUUCUUUAUGAUUUGGAUCCAAAUCAACCAGUUCUUCCCAGUGAUACUAUGUUAAUGUUGAUGAAGAGUUUUUCAACUGCUCAGGAGAGACGCAAACUUUAUGAUAUUGAAGUGGCAAAAGCUUGGGGAGCAGUUAUACCAUCAACAGCUAUACCACCUCCGAGUAGGACACUUGGUAACUUCCAUCCAUUCAAUGUUAAGGAAAUUACAAUUUAUUAUCGCACCGAAAGUCUUAUCGGAGUCAAAGAAUUCAAAUGGACCACCAUCUCCGAAGACCAUCUUCACGACUACGAAGGUUACCAAGCAAUGCUCAACAUGCAACGCGCCGUCAAAAUCGCAUACCAAUACUGGGAAUUACAACGUUAUCGCAAUUGGGUACAUUAUACCGGCCACAUGGAUCCUCAAACGACAGCUGCAUUGGUAGCGGAUCUCGAUACUCCAGAGUUCAAGAAACGAAUUGGAAAGAUGAGCUAUUUGUUGUUGACGAUGACGAGAGAUAAUGAGCGAUUGCAGGCUAAGUAUAAGUCGAGAAUGGAAUAUAAGAUGGCGAAUCCGAGAAGAUGUUGGAAUGAUAGAAUGGAGGAGGUUUGGGAGAAGAGAGUACCGGUUUUGCCGAAGAUUCAGUUUGCGAUUUGUGCGAGGAAGGAGGGGGGGUUGAAGGGAGUGGUGAGACCCCCGGGGUUUAAGUUGUAGGGUGGGAUGAAAUGGGGUGGGGGUGCGUUGUGGAGUGCGGGAAUGGGUAUGGACAUGGACAUGGAGAUGGAGAUCUGUGUGGAGGGAGGGGAGGAAUGAUGUGAUGAAUUGGAGAAGGGGAAGGAGAAUAAAAUGGGGUAUUGGAUGUGGUUGAAAAGGAUUUUGCUGGACUGAUUACAUGCGCAUCAAGGGUUAGUGAUUUGGUAAUGCUUGAAAGGGUUGGGUGAUAAGAUGGGAGACUGGAUCCGACGAAAGACUUGACACGAUACACAUUACACGAACUUCAAUCUGUUAUUACACAGAAAGCAAAAGACCGGCAAAAGAAUCUCUUUCUUUCUGUUUUCUCUCGUUGUUUCCAUUUCCAUCUCCCUGUAAAAUGAACUAGAAAAUUAUAGUCUAUUUUAGUAGACUGAUAGUUUUAGUGUUACUUCCUAGGACUAGAUAGAUUUUUACUCGCGAUGAUUUAUGAUGGUGGGGAGUGGGA